AUGGCGGGGCCAAACAUGGCCAACGAACUCAAAGAGCCCCCGCCUGAGGUGGUCGAGGUGCCUUUCAUGCGGGUUUCGGACGACGACAAACUAAGGUCGAUCAGUCCUUUUGGCUCGGUCACUUCGCAGAUCGGAAAUGUCCUUGUUAUCCAAGGUACCGCUGGACUAGGAUACGAUUGCGUGCUGGAUGAGGGCACUUUGGUUUGUCAGAAGGACGGUCUGGUGGUUGGUAAAGUGAGCUGCUGCUGGUUGAAUAUUCACCAAAACCUCUUUUGUUUGUACUGA